UUCGCGUGAGCUUUUUCAGUCUGCUUCCGACGCGCAUUCAAGCCUCAUCGAUUAAAAAAAUAAAACCCAGCUUACAAAAUUAUAAAUCUUGUUCACCUAAAUUUGUAUUUAAAUUUUUUAUCCCGCAUACCCAAAGUUUCAAAAGUGAUUGAAUGCUCAAAAAGCGAUUGUUGCCCAUCAACAGUGAUUAAAUGUUGCAGUGAUUUCAGUGAAAUAAUUAAAAAUAAGAAGUUUUAUCAAAACUCUUUUUGAUAUAUUUUGUGCUUGAAAAAAGAAAAAUAUAGUUUGAAAAAUUUUAAGAUCAAAAACUGAUCGUACACAGGAGAUUUUAGCUUCCGGGAAUUUUUUCACUGAGACUCGAAUUAUACGAGAAACAAGGAAUAUUUACAACAUCAUAUAAACACAAUAAAAAGCACAAUAAACCGUCAAGCGCGAACAGUAGCGUCCGUGGGGGAGAGGACCUCUAACGGUCAGAAAUAUGAAGACUAGCCCGGCAUCUAAUCAUGUCUACUUCAAUGAUGGCUUCAAUUGUUCAUCCUACAGUAUUACAACAAAUGCAGACGAAAACGGUGGGUCCCAAGGAUCAAAUGAAUUCAUAUUGACAGAAAAUGGUAAGAAAAUCAUUCCGCCCAGUAAACCCUUAGCCUGCGCCAAAAGUUGGCUCAGGGACAGAACGAAAAAAUCGUUCACAAAAAAAAUCCUGCACAAACGUUUUCCAAUCCUGCGAUGGUUUCCUAAAUAUUCCAGCACCGAUGCCAUUGGUGAUCUUGUUGCUGGAAUAACUGUUGGUCUAACUGUGAUACCUCAAGCCCUAGCCUAUUCUGGAAUUGCUGGACUUCCAGCUGCAUACGGUUUGUAUGGAUCAUUUCUUGGCUGUUUUGUUUAUAUAUUUUUGGGAAGCUGUAAAGAUGUCCCAAUCGGUCCAACGGCUAUUGCUGCUCUGCUUACAUUUCAAACAGCUCAUGGAUCAUGGGAAAAAGCAGUAUUGCUAUGUCUUCUUUGUGGCAUAGUCGAACUAUUGAUGGGCCUCUUUAAUUUGGGCUUUUUGAUUGAUUUUGUAUCGGGUCCAGUUUCAUCGGGCUUCACAUCGGCGGUAUCGUUGAUCAUUGUGACGAGUCAAAUCAAGGAUAUUUUAGGAAUUGCAGCAAAAGGUUCAACAUUCAUAGAAAUUUGGUUGCAUAUUUUUGAGAAUAUCCGAGAAACAAGAUUUUUUGAUACUAUCUUGGGGUUAACCUGCAUCGUGAUUCUAUUGACCAUGAGGCGAUUGGCAUCAUUUAAAAUUGGUGGCAAAGAAGAAAGUUCUUGGACUAAUUUUCAUAAAAUCAUGAACAAAAUAAUUUGGAUUAUCGGAACUUCAAGAAAUGCUAUUUUAGUUAUUGUUUGCGGAGCAAUGGGAUACUAUUUCAAUUCUACAGAACACGGAAUUCCAUUCAAAGUCAUUGGGUAUAUUCCCCCUGGGUUGCCAACAUUUCAGCUGCCACCAUUCUCAAUCACUACGAACACCACGGAUGGACUCAAGACAGAAACUUUUGCAGAGCUUAUCAGUGGAAUGGGCUCUGGCUUGAUUGUCGUCCCACUGAUUUCACUCAUGGAGAACAUAGCUAUUUGCAAAGCUUUUGCUAAUGGAAAACCUGUUGAUGCUACCCAAGAACUUAUUGCGAUAGGAGCUGCAAAUAUUGUGAAUUCGUUUGUUCAGGGAUUCCCGGGAACUGGUGCUCUUAGCAGAGGAGCCGUCAAUCAUGCCAGCGGUGUACGAACUCCAAUGGGAAAUAUCUAUUCGGGGGCGUUAGUUAUUUGCGCGCUUAUGUUCUUUACACCAUACUUCGCAUUCAUUCCGAAGCCAUCACUAGCUGCAAUCAUUAUCGCCGCUGUGGUAUUCAUGGUCGAGGUUAAAGUCAUUAAGCCAAUGUGGAGGUCUAAAAAAAUCGAUCUUAUCCCUGGACUGGCAACAUUCCUUGCAUGCCUUGCUCUGCCCCUUGAAGUCGGAAUCCUUCUGGGAAUCGGACUUAAUGUCAUCUUCAUACUCUACCAUGCAGCCCGACCAAAGAUCACCACUGAAAACCUUACAACACCCGGAGGAAUUGAAUACCUCAUGAUCACACCUGAUCGUUGCUUGAUCUUCCCCUCAGUUGAUUACGUUCGCAAUCUUGUAACCAAACAAUCUAUGCGUCAAAAUAUUCCCGUUGUAAUUGAUGCCUCGCACGUUUACGGAGCUGAUUUUACCGCAGCUACAGUGAUUGAAUCACUUUUCAAUGAUUUUGCUGGCCGUGGCCAAUUGCUUUUCUUCUACAAUCUCAAGCCGAGUGUUUGCUCGGUCUUUGAAAGUCUUACGCCUGCAGAUUUUGCGGUUUAUUAUCAAGAGGAACAAUUGGAUGAAUUACUUAAAGAAAGAAAUUACUCACAACACAAGAAACAAGUGACAGUGUAACUAAAAUAUUGUACACUUACCGUUAGGUGGGAUUCGAAAGCUAUUUUUGAAACGGUUUUUUUUUUGUGUAAACUACGAAAUUGAAUUCUAGUAGUUGUGAUUUUUGUGACAUCUUAACAGACCUCAAAACUAUGAGCAUAUACCUAUAAAUGUCUACAAACAACAGCGCACACGCACUAAUUUUGUAAGUUAGGUAUUUAUUUAUAUUUAAUUCUUAUUUUGUAAAAUUGUGAAGAUAAUUUAAGUUAAGUUUAAGAAAAUAGUUUGUAAAUUCAAAACAUUUACUAUACAAAAAUAUUUGCUUAGAUUCCAGGACUAAAUGUACAUAUUUGUAGGUACCUAUUUGUUUUUCUUAAAACUCUUGAAAAUUUAAGCUAAGAAGCUUUGAAGCAAAUUCACCUUUAGUUUUACUUUUUUCCUUAAACAAUUUCUUAAAGAAAACAAUACAUCUACAUUAUUUCCAAAGCUUAGGCUUAACAAACUUCAAGGAUUGUAUUAUAACUAUUAUUGCCUUAAAAACUUGUUUAAGAAAAUACGUACCUAUGUCCAUACUUUUAAAAACACGAUUUUAUGUAAUCAAAAGCUUAACUCAUUUCUAAUUUUAAAAGACAAACGAGAAUCAGGCUAGUAAGCUUUUGAUUUGUUGUUAGACAAGGAUCUAAAAAAAUGUAAAGGUAUUACCAAUUUAGUGUUUUAAGAGAAAAUAGGAUUAUUAUUAUUAUUAAAUAUAAGUUCAAAAAUACAAAUAAAAAUAUUUAUAAAAGU